AUGCUCACAGCGUUUUGCCGCCCGCCGGCCACUGAACGCUUCACCUCCAUGCUUGCCUUCGAACGGCUUUUGGCACAGAAGCGUGCAGAGGACCGCAUCGAACCAGUCCUAGCUCCAAGGGAGAUGUGGCUCAGCGUAGAAGGCGUGCUCAUGCACAGAUUUUUUGCCUUCCACGCUCGUCACGACCACAAGCUCAGGCCGGAUACCAUUGUGCACAUCUUGGAGUUCGUAGGCGACGGUCUCGAUGAUGGUGGCGAAUCUGGCAGCACAUUUGCAGCGGAAUCCAUUGCUGAUUCCCUCAGUUCCGCGACUAGCAUCGAGUUUGCCAGAAGGCGGCUUUAUCAGUUCUUGCAUGUGUAA